AUGGAAUCAGAGGGUCUAAUCUCAUAAUAAGAGAAAAGACUCAUCAAAUAAAAAUUAACAAUAAAAGAACCAACACUAAUGCUUCUUUUAUCUAAAUAAUAAGAAGACACUUAAAUUAAAUCAGAAUUAUUAUGUUAUGUAUCUUCACUUCAAAUGACUCGCUCUAAAUCACAUACUCAAGAAUUUGGUUCAUCCAAAAAACAAGGAUAACAAUUUUAAGUAAUAUAAAUAUAUUCAUAUUUUACAUAGUCUUAAACCAUUUAACUUAUGGAUUAAUUGAUUAUACAAUUAAAAUGUAUGCAACAAUAUCCAAAUCAUAAUGUAAAUGUGUUUAGUUUAUUAUUUAAUUAGAUUACCUAAGAAUUUAAGUCUAAAAUUGAACAACUAAGAAUUAUAUUCAAUUCCUUAGAUUAAGAUGAAGAAAUUGAUUACUCAUUUAUUGAACAACACCAAUAAAAUUAUUAAUAAAUAAAGGUAAUAUUGUCGUUACACUUAGCAAAGGUAUUCUCGUUACAUGAAUUCACUUCUUGAAUUAAUGGAUGAGAAAGUUGAACCUAAGGAUAUUUAGGCAUUUCUAAACACCUUUCUAAAUCAACUUAUUGGAUGCCAAUCUUAUAGUUUCAUCAUACUCAAAGAUUAAAAAGUUCAAAUUCAUUAAGAAGAUAAAUUUGAAGAAUUUCCUAUAAAUAAAGAUGUCAUAGAUGAACUAGUCAACUUAUAAUAAAUAACUGAAGUUCAUUCUUUGAACAUUAUCAAAUAAUAUUAUCAAACUUCAAAUAAUUUUAUACUCAAACUCACAGAUUUCGAAUAUUUUGUUAUGUAAUUAGAUCCAAAUUUCAUGUCAUUUGUUAUUUUAUCCAAUAAAUAUCAUUAUGUAGACUCCUUAAUAGAGUUAGCUCAAUUUGUAAUAUACACUUCCUAAUAAAUCAAAGUCUAAUACUUUAGUAUAUUAUCUAUAGGAGAUACUAUAUUAGAGUUUGGUCUAGAAAUUGUAAGAUGUUCCAAGUAUUUACUCAUUGAGAAUAUACUCUAAACGAUUAAUAAAUAAUAUCAAAUCCAUGAGAUAUUUGAGAAUCAAUCUAAUGUGGUUACACUUAAAUUUAAGGAUUCCUCAUCUUAAUAUCUAUUUGCAACUAAUUUAGAUCUCAAAAAAUAGUAAGAUUUAUUAAUUUAUAAUACUAUAAAUCAAAUUUAUUAACGAUACCAAUAGUUCAUUAAAUAGUGUUAUGAAAGAAUGCAAUUCUAUAAAUACUUCUUGAGAUCUAAGAAUUUAUUUAUGAUUGAUUUUGAUAAGUAGGGUCGAUUACGUUUUUUAAGUAGAGCAUUAUCAUAAAAGAUUAAAACAUAAUUUCAAAUUGAUAAAAUCUAAAUUGAUUCAACUUAUAAAUAGAUAUUCACAUCUAAUCAUUAAAUGCUUUAAAAUAUUGAAAAUUACAUUAGUAAUAUAAAAUGGAAAUUAACUUAAUAGGAUGAAGAUUAAAAUAAACAAUAUGAAAUAUUUAUUAGAAAGGAAGAGAAAUAAUUUAAGGGAUUUACUUUAAUUUUAUUAGAGAAUGAAUGGGUUAGAAAAAAGACUUAGCCUCCUAUAAAUGGAAAGACAAUUAGAAAAUAAUUAUUAUAAACAGAAACCAUGGAUUAUAUCAAGAAAUUAGAAGAAUUUAAUCCUGAUAUUAGAAAUUCUGUAGUUGCAAUGUACAUGCCUUAAACAUAAGAUUUCAAUCCAAUAGCUUAAUAAACUUAGAAAACACCAACUUUGGUUUUCAGAAAAAUUGAUAAAGAAUAAGUUGUUGGAAAGAAUAGUUUCUUUUUUAAACAACGUGAAGAAGAGAGGAGAUUUAUGAAAACAAAUCCAAAUAAAUUUAAUGAAUCUCAUUUGAUUCUUAAAGAAGAGGAUAAUCAAUUAGAUACUUUGGAAUUUAAUAUACAUUUAGUAAUAUAUUAAAAAUAAUUUAGAUUAAAUCUACAAUUGAGAAAUAAAGAAUAGUAUGGUCUAUACUAGAAAGAAAUAAUUUUAAUUAAAUCUUUGCAUUACCAUAAGAUAAACUAAUUAACUUUUUGAAUGAAAUGGAAACUUAAUACAAUAUGAAUAAUAAUCCUUAUCAUAAUUUUGAUCAUGGAGUAGCAGUAAUGCAAGCUGUUAAUUGUUUUAUGAAAUCUUUAACAAAAAAAAUAGAUUAAUAAUUUUUUAAUAAUAUUACUAAGUUUUGUUUAUUGUUAUCAGCCUUAUGUCAUGAUGUUGCUCAUACAGGUAAAACAAAUGCAUAUGAAGCUAAUUCAUUAAGUCAAUUGGCAAUUCGUUACCAUGACAAAGUGGUAUUUUUUAUUUUGUUAAUUCUUUUAUUAGAUAUUGGAAUAACAUCAUGCAGCAACAACCAUUAAAAUUUUAAGAGAUAAUUAAACUAAUAUUCUGUGUAAUUUUUCUGAUUAAGAUUUCAGAACUUUUAGAAAAUAACUAAUUUCUAAUAUAUUAUCAACUGAUAUGUAGGAACAUUUCAAAAUGUUGAAAGAAUUUGAAUCUAGAAUAGAAUAAUAUGGUAAUGAUCCUGAAGAUUUAUCUUUGUUAUGUGGAAUGAUUACUCAUGCUGCUGAUUUUAAUGGUACAGCAAGAAAAUGGCCAUAAAGUAGAUUAUGGAGUGAUAAAAUCAAUUAAGAAUAUAGUGCUUAAUAUGCUGAAGAAGGUAAAAAAGGUUAUCCUUAAUAACCAUUUAUGAAGGAUUUAGAUAAGGUAAAUUAGAAUAUUUAAUAUCAAAGUUACAUGUAAUGUCCAAAAAUGAAAUUGGUUUCAUUAAGGUGAUAGUAAGACCAUUAUAUUGUUAAUUGAAUUUAUUUGGUAAAGGGGCAUUUUAAAUAUGUUUGGAUAAUUUAGAUGAAACUAUUUUCGAAUGGGAGAAGGUGUAUUAGUAAGAAAUGAAGGCAUUAUAACAAUAGGGUAAUUAAUGAUUUAUGAUGUAUGAUGAUAUUUUUUUGUUACGCUAAAAUAAUAAUUUAUAUUAAUUUAGAAAUUAAUAUAAAUUAAUAAUGAAUUUAGGUAAGCCAGAUCUCAAAUGGUAUAUUCAAUAGAAAGCAGCUUAAAAUGUUAAAGAGAGACUUUAUGGAUAUCCUAGUCAUUUGAAUUAAUUACCUGUCUAAACUUAAAUCAAGUAUAGCAUACCUACAGAAUUUGUGGGAUGUAUAAAUGAUCAAGAUUAGAAGGAUGUAAUUAAAAUACUUAAAUUUACUCAUCUCAAAGUAUCAAAUUCAAUUUAUUUAUUUUAGUGGUUAGCUAAAAACAAUAGUUUUGCUUUAGGUUAUAAUAAGAUUAAUAAUUAAAAGAGAUAAGGACAUUUGUCUAUAUUUGAUUUAAAUGAUUGGAAAUUGUUUUAUAAGAAAUUUGCAAAUGAUGAAGCAAUGGUAGGAAUAUUAAAUUAAGAAUAUUUAAAUAAAGUAUUUGGAAUUGGAAGUAAUGGUGGGAUUUAUACAAUUGAAAAAGGAUAAGGAGGAUUAGAGUAAAGACCAGUAUUGGAGACUAAAAUCUCUUAAAUUACAGAGGGAGCAUUCUCACCUAAUCAUUAUAAAAUAGCUUUUUCAAGUUAGGAUAAAUUGAUCUAUUUAUAUGAUGUUUAAUCAGAAUAGAAGGAAACUCUUAUUGGACAUGGUAAGGAAGUAUAUACAGUAUAAUGGAAUCCAGAGAAUAGUUUGAUAAUUAGUGGAGCUGAUGAUGAGACAAUUCGUUUAUGGGAUGCUUCUAGUAGAGAAGAAAUUCUUAAUUUAAAAAGACAUAAUUUAGGUGUUAAAAAGGUUAGAUGGAAUAGAAAUGGAUCAUAUUUUGCUACAACAGGUAAGGAUAAACAAACUUUAUUGUUUGAUCUAAGAAAAUUAGAUACAGAAAUAUUUAAAUUACAUCAAAAUCAAGUAGACACUAUAUUUUGGCAUCCAAAAUAUUAGAAUAUAUUUCUUACUGGUGAUGCUAAUGGUUCUAUUUCAUGUUAUAAUAUUAAUGCUCCAACAGAACCUAUGUAUAUAUAACAUGUACCUGAAACUAUUGUUACAGAUUUGGCUUUGGAUUCAAGUGGUUCAAUGAUGAGUGUGAUUAGAGCCAAAUAAGUAUAGCCAGAUUAAAAAAUUAGUAUGGCUGAUUAAAUAUCUAUUUAUAAGACUGCAUGA